AUGGCCGAGGCUCUAGGUCUUGCGUCUAGCAUCAUCACCGUCAUCGAACUCUCGGCCAAGGCGGUAAAACAAUGCAAGCACAUUAUUGAUACGGCAAGAGAUGCACCAAAAGAUCUCAGAAAUAUAUUGGUGGAGGUCUCGUCUCUGAAAGCAGCCCUCGAGAACCUGGACUACCUCACCAAGAUAGACCAUGAUUUUGCCGAAGAGGUGUCAAAUCAGAAAGGGAUUGGGAAUGCCGUCAACAAGUGCGAAGAAACGAUCGGUGAUUUGGUGAAGCAGCUUGGAGAUCUGACGAUUCGCGACUCGCGGCAGACACAACCUGGGAAGAGGGCCAAGAUCAAGGCAGCCAUUGCGUGGACUUGGAAUGAGACCACGGCGAGGAAGCUUAUCAACGAUGUCCUGCAGCACAAGACUACAAUAACGCUGGGAUUACUGACACAAACUUCGCGAGAGAUUCAUGAGGUGAAACUGGCGGUACAGGACGUCCAAGGGACAGUAAGCAAUGACCAGAGGCGCAAAAUAUGUGAUUGGAUACAAACUACAAAUCCUACCAGCAUUCACAAUUCUGCGCUCAAGAAUCACGAGACUGAGACCAGCCAAUGGGUCCUGCGAUUGCCUCAGUGGGAAUCCUGGCUCCGAGGAGAAAAUUCACACCGGUUUCUCUGGAUUUACGGGAUCCCAGGUGCGGGAAAGACAGUGCUUUCUUCAUACCUGGUGAAGCAAUGCCAGUCAUACUGCAAUGGUUCUAGCGACAAACCUUCUAUAUGCACCUAUUAUUACUGUUCUUAUCGCAAUCAUCAAGACGAAACGUUACCAAUGAUUCGCUGGCUGGUUUCCCAGCUAAUCCGCAUCACGAGGCAUAUGCCGAAUCAACUUCAUGCUGAUUACGAAAAGGAUCACCAACCAGGUUUCUACACCAUGAAAGACGCCCUAUGUGAGCUUCUGGUUCACGUGCAGACAGUUUACUUGAUUGUCGAUGCGGUAGAUGAAAGCCAGCCGCGAGGAGAGUUACUAAUAUUUCUCGAGGAGCUGGUCACGGAUCCCAGCUUUGGUCGGAUACAACUACUCGCCACGAGCCGCAAGUACCACGACAUCACGAGUGUAUUGAUGCGACUAUCUUCUCCAAUCUCCAUGUCCAAUGAAGAGGUCGAUAAAGACAUUCGCAGAUUCCUUGCAGCACGCCUUGAAGUUAAGUUCACGGGCUGGCGCGCCAAGUACAAAACCAACAUCCUAGAAGUCCUUGUAUCAAAGGCCCAAGGAAUGUUCCGCCUUGCCUUCUGCCACGUCGAAUUAAUAUCGAGAAAAAGAACCCAGGCGGAGAUGUUAGACUCACUCGACAGCUUGCCACAGACGAUAGAGGAAACAUAUGAGCUGAUCCUGCUGGAGAUCGACGACCAGGAUUGGCAAUCUGCGCGGACCAUUUUCCUCUGGAUCUGUGGAAACGAUAUGAUACCAUACAAUGAACCAAUCCCAAUUAGCACGCUUAUUUCCGUGUUGAACAACAAUGGUUCGGGAAGCGCCAUAUCCCUGCCCGAGGAUGGAAAGGGAUACGUAGAGGAAAUAUGCAGCUGCCUGAUCACUGUCGGCUCAAGUCAAUUCGGAUCGAAUCUGCUUUCGGCAGAGCUUGAUGCGGCCAGGUGCGCACAUUACACAGUUGUCGAGUUCCUUUUCUCAGAGCAGAUUAAGCACAGCAAAGUGAAAUACUUUGCUCUGUCCAAUGACGAUAUUUUCACGACAUUUGUCGGCAACACCCUUGCAGUGGCAGAGACUGUCAAUUCGCAUGCAAUGUGCCCACCUUAUUGGGAGUCAUUUGAAUCCUACUGCGCCAGAGCAGCUUGGCUGGCAACGUUCACCUGGGAACCAGAUUUAGUGGAGAGUCCAGCUCUAUGGACAAAUCUCAUCAAUAUUUGGUCAAACAAUCCAUCCUUUUUCCAAGACGCAACUAAUAGUUACGCUCACGACGAAAAGAAGUUUCCAGAAAAUAACUUCGCUUUCUAUUUGAGUCCAGAGCACAACGCGGAAAGCGUGCAGACAUUUGCACCGAGGAUACUCGCUUCCCUGUUUCUCGGUUCAUGCCACAUCUUGGCCAACAAACUCAUUUCACAUUACGGCUCUCAGAUUCUAGAGCUACCCUUUCAUUUUCGUUUAUCCUUCGUUAAACAAUAUCCACAAUUUGGCUCCGCUAUCGAAGCUGCAGCUAUACCUACCGCAAGAAAUUUCACCGACUACCCCAUCCUAGAUUGUAUUGAGUAUUUGAGUGAGUGGUUUGAUAGUACCCGAAUUGCCCUUAUUUGCGUUGGGCUACACGCGAUUUCAGGGCGUGAUUGCGGCUGUUAUAAAUCUAAUAAUGCCGAUGACUGUCGGUUUACCCGGAUGUUGCGCCAGUAUGUCAAGAACGGCGACGGUGUGCAGCAUCGCUUGACACCAUUGCAGUUUGCUGUCUACUGUUGGGAUUUGGAUGCUGUUCAGGCUCUCCUGGAAUCAGGCGCAGAUCCCAAUGGCCUUGGAGUUCCCGAUGGGAAGUCAACUCCAAUUCACCUUUACCAGGUUGAUGAUCGCUGGUGGGCGGCAAGCCCUCUCCAUCUACUACGACAUGCCGGUUAUGCACCAGAGGAGAUAGAUGAGUAUUUCGACAUUAAGAAGUCACGCGAGGCGAGGGUAAGUGACAUUGAAGCGAUGCUGAUUGAAUUCGGUGCGCAAGACUUUGGGUCCCCUACUUCUACCAGUACCGGCCCUGAGGGUUGUACAGAGCUCGAUAAGAGCUGUAUGGAUAGCCAGGCUGUCAUAAUUGCAGAAUGA